AAACUAUAACAGAACGCCACCUUCAAAGGCAUUGCUAAUAUUAGAUUGACGGUGAUCGGUGAUUUAUCUCCCAGCAUAUGUGGUUAAAUAUAAACUUUGAUUUAGGUCAUUUUUUCUCGGCAUACCAAUGUGGAUAAUUACAUACACAUCCUCUCCUGACCACUGUGCCCUUAUAGGCUGCUCAUGCAGUAAUUCCUUUCCCAUACAUUUAACGGUAAGACAACUUAUAGUAUAGUUAUCAUGGUAGCGGGUACACUUUAUUAUUAACCUGGAUCUGCCAGAUCAAAUUGGCUCCCUGCCUAUAUUAAAUAUCUAGGGUUGAGCAUUGAAUCGAAAAACGGUAAAAAAAUUCAGACUACAAGGACUUAUCUCCAUUGGGAAAGGUCCCAGCUUUUAAAGACAGUGAUGGCAACGAGCUAACAGAAUCAAUUGCAAUAAUGAUAUAUUUUGCACGUGUUUCCGAUAAUCAUAAAUCUCUAGCAGGCAUCGGAGAACUUGAAGAGGCGAAUGUUAUUAGGUGGUCGUCAUUUUUUAAUCAGGAUUUUAGAGGAAACGGAAUUUCUCCAAUGGUGGGAGCUCUAACUUCGGGAAAGCCUGAACUCGAAGAAGCGUCACAAAAUCUUUUAAGCUACUUCGACUAUUUAGAUAAUCAUUUGGCUGUCUCAAAAUGUUUUGCUUCGAAUGAUAAUCUAACAUGCGUAAAUAUUAGUGUUUGCGUCUUUUUCAAGGUUAUUUUCUCACAGCUCCCAGAAGAAACCAUUCACUUAGAAAAUUAUGGCAACAUUUACAGGUGGUACUUUAUGUUACUUCAGCAUCCGGUGGUUCUCAAAACCUUCAGAUGAACACUAUAUUCAUGUGUAUAUUCUGUAUGUAUACUAAUAGGGAAUUCUCGGUCCACUAUAGCAAAAAGGUUCCGUCUGCGUCUGCGCCUGAUUCCCUGGUGUCAAGCCAGCGGAGUCGCCUCUCUUCUUCGCUGCAGUGUUUCCGUUGCUCACAUGUCCCAUGCUGCA